AUGUGGGCUGUAUUGGCACUUGCCCGUCUCGACGAGAAGAUACCUUCAGAUUUCGAAAGUAUUCAUGCCUUUAGGCUUCGCAAUGCAAUCGACGACGCUAUUCGAGCUUUCUGUGAUGACUGCAUGGAAGCAACAUGGUCUACACUGUAUAGUGAUCGAGCAUGGCAAAUCGUAAGUACACUCAGGCGUACUGCUGCUGAUUACCACAGACACACUGAAGACGUUCAAAAUCCUGAGGUGGAAUGUGGAUACCUGAUUGAGCUGUUCAAUGUGUUCUCCAUGCACGUACACCAGCAAGAAGAUAGGGACUUUACUGAAGCCUACGGUGCUUUAGGUAUGGUGGCUGCUAUGGCGAUCAAGAUGGGAAGCAUCCUUGGACAACGAAUCUCAGACAUGUUCGACAUGUUUAACAAUAUUUCUGCUGAUGAAAACGUACCCAACGAUACUAUUGCCAUUCGUACGAAUCAGCAAAUCGAUCUCCUAUGUGCAACCAUCGAGCAGUUUGUACGCGAGCAGUUUGGAACGAACGGCGCCUACACCCCGGUAUCGGAAGCGCGAGACAUCGUGGGUCAGUCAUUCGUUCGUCUAAUCCAUGAGCCUCUGCGACAACACGUCGAAAGCGCCUUCAAGAUGCUAAUAAAUGACUUGGCGUUUUGCAGCAGUCAUACUGUGAACAAGUAUCAACCUGAUAUCAAAGAGAGGGUUGCUAUGUUCUAUGAAUCCCUCAGCAGAUUUUUCUCAUAUUGUUCGCCGCUGCUGAGCGCCUUCUUCCUUCCAGAGAUUUCAGACGACGAAAACGAGCUCGACGAGGACGAAGACGAGGACGAAAACUAUCAAGAACACAUACCCGAACAUGUGGCGAACCAUGACUUCAGCCGGUACGACGAUUUCGAUUGGCAUAGACGCGAGUUUGAAGUUUUUGAUGUUCAAGAUGUACUUCGUGGUCCGGAACACGCAGACAUGGAUGGUGUCUCUAUAGCACUCAGCUCAACCGACUCAUCCUGCCCUCUCUGCGCCGACGCAGAUACCGAGAUGCGGAAGUUAAAUGUUUGCAGCCAUGCGAUAUGCGCUAUAUGUUUGGACGCACAGCUUAGAGUUCAGCAUGAGUGUAGGUACAAGUGCGCAAUAUGCCGAGCAGAGUUCUUCCCUAACUGA